GGAAGCACUAAACAAAGUUUAAAGUUUCAAUUUUAUAUUCCAUCUUAGCCACGGGAUUAAUGUUAGUUUUAUUUUAUAUCAGUUUAAUUCUUUAGAAUAGUGGGAAAAAUUUUCCAGACACUAAUUACUACAAACUGAAUCUCACUCGGAGAUAUCGUUGAAAACAAAUCCACCUUGUCCAGAAGAGAUAACUAUUCCAUUUUUAUCUUUUGGAACUUGAUAAUGUCUACCAAUAAACAUGGAAGACAAAUUAAACAGGAAGUGGAAUAUUUUGAUGAGAAUGAUACCCACAACUCUGAAGAAAAAAUUGAUGCACUCCAAGGAAUUACUUCAAGGAAUGAAUUUGGGCCAGAACAGAUCAAAAGUGAUGUUAUUGAUAUUGUUUAUCAUGAUCUGAAAUCUGAAAGAUGUCUGGAAGAAGUGAAAGGAGGAUCACAUUGUGAGGAGUGUGAAGGCGGCUUGCUUAGUCCAACAGAUUUUUUCAGUACCGAUGCUUUACAAUCAUGUAACCGCCAUGCUCUGAGAGGUGUUGAUAUGACUCUGGAUUUGAAACCACUUAACUUUGACUCAGAUUCAGGAAUCUUUUUUCAUGAAACCCAGGAAGAAACAGUCGUUAAGAAGGAAGAAGGAACUAAAAACAUAUCAACGCCACAUGGAAAACUAUUUUGUAUUAAGAAUGUUGAUUCUUUUCAACAUGGAGAGAAGAUUAAUGAAUUUAGUUCUGAAAACUAUUUGAGUUCAGUUAGAGAGAGUAGAUUUCAUGAGGAAAACGAAAAUUGCUCAAAAAAUUUGAAUGAAGAAAAAUAUGCGAAAUUGGUUGAGAACAAGCAUCCUGAGAAACUCCCAGUGUCAUCUGUUAAAAGUCGUAUUUCAAAAAAGUAUUUUGACUCAAAGGCUUUUCGGUGUCAAAGCUGCUUUAAAUCAUUCUUUCAGCGUUCGCAUUUGAGGGAUCAUGAAAAAAUUCAUACAGGCGAUAAACCCUUUAAAUGUAAAACCUGUUUCAAAUCGUUCCUUCGUGGUAGUCAUUUGAAAAGUCAUGAAAAGGUUCAUACUGGCGAAAAACCAUUUUCAUGUAAAAAUUGCUCUAAAUUAUUCUCUCACAGGAGUAAUUUGAAAAUGCAUGAAAGACUGCAUCAUAGUAGCAAAAAGUCAUUUCAGUGUAAAAUAUGCCUUAAAUUAUUCUCUUAUUCUAGUAGUUUAGGAGAACACGAAAAAAUUCAUACUGACGAUAAACCAUUUCAUUGUAAAAUCUGCUCUAAAUCAUUCAAUCUUGGACGUUAUUUGAAAAGACAUGAAAAAAUUCAUACUGACGAUAAAUCAUUCAAAUGUAAAAUCUGCUCUAAAUCAUUCUUUCAGAGUUCGCAUUUGAGACAUCAUGAAAAAAUUCAUACAGGCAAAAAACCCUUUCAAUGUAAAAUCUGUUUCAAAUCAUUUUGUUAUAGGAGUAAUUUGAAAAGUCAUGAAAAGAUCCAUACUGGCGAAAAACCAUUUUCAUGUAAAAAUUGCUCUAAAUCAUUCUCUCACAGGAGUAGCUUGAAAAUGCAUGAAAGAUUGCAUGAUAGUAACAGAAAGUCAUUUCAGUGUAAAAUAUGCCUUAAAUCAUUCUCUUAUUCUAGUAGUUUAGGAGAACAUGAAAAAAUUCAUACUGGCGAAAGACCAUUUCAGUGUAAAAUCUGCUCUAAAUCAUUCAUUCGUAGAGGUGAUUUCACAGCACAUGAAAGAACUCAUACUGGCGAUAAACCAUUUCAUUGUAAAAUCUGCUCUAAAUCAUUCAAUCUUGGAAGUUAUUUGAAAAGACAUGAAAAAAUUCAUACUGGCGAUAAACCAUUCAAGUGUAAGAUCUGCUCUAAAUCAUUCCUUCGUAGAGCAGAUUUGAAAUCACAUGAAAGAAUUCAUACUGGCGAUAAACCAUUUCAUUGAAAAAUCUGCUCCAAAUCAUUCAUUCAUGGAAGUAGUUUGAAAAGACAUGAAAAAAUUCAUACUGAAGAAAUAUGAUUUCAGUGUAAGAUCUGCUCUAAAUCAUUCAGUCGUAGUGAGUUGGAAAGACAUGAAAAAUUUCAUACUGGUGAAAAACCGUUUCAAUGUAAAAUUGUUGAAAGUUGUUCAUAGAAAUAAGUAUCUGGAAAUACAUGAAUAAAAUUACUUGUUUGAA